CGCUCAUUCCUUAAUUUUCCCAUAUACAUAACCAGACUGUAUGCUAUAUUAGCCCAGGGAUAUACCCGAAUAUCACCCUAUUUACUCCUCCUACCCACAACGCCAUGAGCCACAUAGACUAUUUCGGUGGACAACCUUCAACAGCCCAAAAACGCCCUCGGCAAACCCAGCCCACCUCCUCGUCCCAAGAAGAAGAUGAUGACCAGCAGAGCAGAGCAAUUGAACAUGACGAGCACUUUGCUACAUUCCGUUCCGACGUAGUUGGAGUCCAGUACUACCGCGGUCUUGUUGGUAGAGGCGAAUAUGUUUUACUCCGCAGAGAGCCCACCAACAAGUGGGAUAGCAAUGCUGUCCAGGUGGUAAACGCAGGAGGCAGCCAAGUUGGACAUAUUCCAAGAGCAGUCGCUGCCAACCUUGCGACCUUGAUGGAUAGAAACCAGAUUUCGGUUGAAGGCCGGAUGAUAGGUCAAAAUCUGGAUGGUGCCAAGCACUUCAAACUGCCUCUUGAUGUCUCCAUCUACUUAAACCAUUCUAUGCGCGAAUCCCUUGAACCCGCCUUGCGAUGGGUGAGCCCAGGAGACAGAGUCAACAACCAAGCUCGUCGUCCUGUCUACACGUCACAGUCCCAAGUCCGGGGUGCAGCAGGGAGUGGUGUCGGGUUACCCCAACCUGCUGAUAGCACCAUGAAAGAGCUGCUCGAGGGUCUGAGCAAGGAUAAUGCUGAUUUGAAGCAGGUCGACAAGGUCAUGGACGCCCUUACCAGCGACGUCGACGUCUCCAAACUCCCUCUACACCCUGCGCCUCCUGGUACUGCAAAUGGCCAACUUCUCACCGACCUCCUUCCGCACCAGUCACAGGCCCUUCAAUGGAUGAUCACUCGUGAGAACCCCCAGCUGCCCAAAUCCCCUUCAGAACCCGCUGUCCAGUUCUGGGUCAAGCAAAAAGGUGUUGGAAGUAAGCCCGAUUACUGGCUGAACGUAGCUACCAAGACACCGCAAAGUGAGGCUCCGCAAUUGGGUAGGGGUGGUAUCAUUGCUGAUGGCAUGGGUUUGGGUAAAACUCUGACUACCAUAUCUUUGGUGCUCGCUACAAAAAACGAUCCCGUCGGGGACAAAGUUAGCAAGUCCACUUUGAUCGUCUGCCCUUUGUCAGUCUUAAGUAACUGGGAGAAACAAAUUAGAGACCAUGUUGCCCCCUCUCAAUUGAGGUUUUACACCUAUCACGGCGCUGCAAAAGGUCUCACCGCCAAGAAACUGGGCGGGUACGAUAUUGUCUUGACCACUUAUCAGACUGUCGCCGGGGAAGAUGCUGCUGUCCCACAUACCGGCGAUACUCCUCUGGCGAAGAAAUCGAGGCCAAGCACUACAAAAUCAGGACCUUUGGCUACGAUCAAAUGGAAGAGGGUGGUGGCCGAUGAAGGUCAUCAGCUGAAGAAUCCCAAGGCUAAGAUGACGAUUGCAUUUGCCAAUCUCAGCGCUGAGAGGCGUUGGAUAUGCACCGGUACACCUAUCGUCAACUCUCCUAAUGACCUCGGAUCCCUUCUUACUUGUCUACACAUCUGUGCUCCCCUGUCCAACCCCCAAUACUUUCGUGCUCUCCUUCUUCGACCCCUCUCUCGAGGCGAUCCCACCGCCAGCAAGCUAUUACAAGCCGUCGUUUCUCAGAUCCUCCUGCGCCGAACCAAAGAUUCAAAAGGUGCGAAUGGGGAAAAUGUGGUUGAGCUUCCGGACAUUGAGUUCUUUAGGGUCCCAGUCAAGUUGGAUAAUGAGACUAGGAAGGUGUAUGAGGAGGUUUUGGAACAUAGUAAGAGGAGGUUUGAGGAGACAUUGAGAACUGGUGAAGGAGCGGCGAAUGUGCUUUCUAUGCUUACUCGAAUGCGACAACUCUGCCUUUCACUCGAACUCAUCCCACAGUCUUUCUUGGAUGAAAUCCGCGCGCCUCCUACAUCUCAGAAUGGCGCCUCCGCAACUUCCAUUGCCUCGCUCUCAACCGAAGAGAUGGAAGCUUUGGUUAAAAAGUUGAGGCAGAUUGUUGAAGAUGAGACUGAGUGUGGUAUCUGCAUGGACGAAGUCGAGUUUGCCAAGGACCCGGCUAUCACUGACUGUGGUCACCCUUUCUGUUUGCCUUGUAUCGAACGGGUGAUCACCAGUCAAGGUCUCUGCCCCAUGGACCGCCAUCCCAUCGCCCACGGAUCCAUUCUUCGCCUCCCCUCCGAUGAAAGUUUAUACCUCCCUUCCUCACAAGCACGUUCCAUCAACUCUGCAAAGAUUGACGAACUCGUUAAAUACCUCCGCAUCUUUCCACGCGACGACAAAACUCUCGUCUUCUCCCAGUUUACAUCUUUCUUGGACUGCGUCGGUGUGCGACUAGAACAAGAGGGGGUCAAGUUUGUGAGGUUUGAUGGACGGAUGCCGGGGAAACAGAGGACAGAAGUGAUCAAAGCUUUCCAGGAGCCUGUUAAAGGGGAUGACGAUGAAGAGGCGCCUACGGUGAUGUUGAUCUCGUUGAAAAGUGGUGCCGUUGGACUCAACUUGACAGCGGCGUCCAAUGUUUUCUUGUGUGACCCAUGGUGGCAGAGUGCUAUUGAAGCGCAGGCUAUUGAUCGAGCCCAUAGGAUGGGUCAAAAGAAAGUUGUGAGAGUCUUCCAGCUUAUCGCCGAAGACACAAUUGAAUCGAGGGUCUUGGAUAUACAGAAAAGAAAAGAUGCGAUGGUAGCUAAAGCUUUCGAAAAGUCGAGCAAGGAGAGUCAAAGAACCAAGAAGGAAGCGAGGUUUGAGGAUAUCAAGGAACUUUUGGGUAUGAAGUGAGCAGUCUGUAACUAUUAGAUACGUUGGGAUUAAUGUUCUUGGUACUUGACGCUUGGAGACAAUAAUACGCAUAGUAUAUAUAAUGAAACAGAGUACCACAGGAAGUGAUGCCUUGCUAGAUGCAUGCAGAGAAGGA